UCUAAGAUAAAUGGAAUCUAUAUUAAAGCGUCCCAACUACAAAAUCAAGAGCCUUUAUGAGGAUGAUCUCCCCCAACUUGAUCAUCAAGGAAAUAAAUCAUCGAAGUUGGCAGCCUUCAAGGCAAGGUUUAAAAGUGAGAACUUGAAACCAAAACAAAAGUAUUGAGAAACUAUGAAUCAGGGCAGAAAGUUUAUGAGUACUAAAAUUAAUUUAACAGUAGACACUACUGCAAAGUCUUAUGGAUCAAUAGAUUCUUUCUCAAUGUGUAGUAAUAUUUUGAGUUCUAAAAGGUGUUUCAAAGAGAAUGCAGUCAUGAAUUUCUUGGAUAAACAACAUAUAUAUCAGGUUUCUGUGAAAGAAUUGCUGCAUUUAACUCAAAAGACCACUUCAAAAAUAGGAGCAAAGAAAUUUUGCUUAGCCUCUCUUCCUUCUAUAAAUGGCGACUAAAUCCUCACCAAACAGUAAAAGUUCCUUUGAUACACAUCGGAGGUUCUCUGAGGUAAAUUAAGUAUAAUAAAAGAGAUCUCCUAAAUGCUAAUAUGGAAAUCCAA